AGCCACAAGAUGAAAAAUAAAAGGUAAAAACUAACUGAUGUCUGUAGGUGUCGAUGGAAGCAGGUCAUGGUACAUGGGCAUUGGAAGAAGGAAACUUCAAAAUAUUUGAAGAGUUUGCAAGUCGUUCUGGGGCAGAUGUACGACUGAAUACCAAAGUAACGGCUGUUUAUAAUGUCACCGAAUUCGAUCAAAUAGGAAAACCAGUUCAUAGAUACGCUGUUCAGACAUCGGAUGGAGCACAUCAAGUAUUUGAUGAUGUCGUCCUUGCUUCUCCUCUUGCCUUGUCUGAAAUUCAGUUUGGAUUCCCAGCAGAACGUCAUCAUCGAGAUUAUCACGUUGUUCAUGUUACACUUGUUGCUGGGCAUAUCAAUCCUCAUUAUUUUGGCAAGGACAGCAUUGAUAAAACACCCACCUUUGUUAUCACCACUGGACAUCCACUAGGUAAGCAAGAUACCCAAGCACUUGUGAUUAUACUGACUCUCUACCAAUUAUAUAAAGUUAAAAACUUUCAAGAUGGCAGCGCACCAUUUCAAACAUUCUCUGUCCAUCGACAGUUGGAUAAUGGUGAGCAGGUUAUCAAGAUAUUCUCAUCACAUGAGUUGAGUGAAGAAGAGCUUGAUGAGCUGUUCUUGAACAAGAGUUGGGCCUUCCGUAAGAAAUGGCAUGCAUUUCCAGAGCUAUAUCCUAUUACUGAUGAGCACCAGUUUGUACCUUUUGUACUGAAAAUGGAAGGAGAAGAGAAUGGAAUUAUUUAUACCAGCGCAUUUGAAAACUUUAUAUCCACGAUGGAAACGCAAACAAUAGCAGGUAAAAAUGCAGCAAGACUGUUGUAUGAUAAAUGGUGCGAACAUCGUCACUGUAAACUAUUUGGUGAUGGUUGGGGAUCCUAUUGAUUGACCAAAUAAACACCAGACAUAUUCUCUAAUUCAAUGUUUCUUCUUGGCAUGUUUUUUCCGAAGAAAGUGUGAAUCAAUCUCCAUUCUUGUUCUGUACUAGGCAUCGCAUG